CGGGGCGGGAGCGUGACCGGGCGCGGGGCCGCGCGUGCGGGACGGCGGCGCGAUGGCGCGAGGCGGCUGUGCCGCUAUUUAGGGGCAGCGGCCGCGGAGCGCAGGCGGCGGCGCCGGGUGUAAGAAUAGUAUGAAGUCUGCUUCUAGAAAUCAGCUUGUGAACUAAAUGCCUUAUUUCGCUAAGCCAAUCUACCUGUUCCUGUAAAGAUGCGUAAAGAAAUUCUGUGCAGCAUGUUUUCUAGGUGGAACUGGGUGGCCUGUGGCUUCUAUCUGGUGUUGAAUAUUUGUUCUCCUGACGCUUCAAGUGGACUUGUGCAGUCAUGUGGUCACAUCAUCCCGGAGUCACCUGUACUGGCCCUUGGUUCCAAUUUCACAGCAUUAUGCAUUCUGAAUGAGAGCUGUCUUGACUUCGGCAAUAUCUAUGCCAGUCAGAUUAUCUGGAAGAUUAAAAAUAGAGUGGUACCUAAAGAACAGUAUCGUGAAAUAAACAGAACAGUUUCCAGUGUCACAUUCAAUGACACUUCUUCACUAGCUACUCCUCUCACAUGCAACAUUUUAGCAGAUGGGCAAAUUGAACAGAACAUUUAUGGAAUUACAGUCACAGUAGGCUUGGCCCCAGAGAAGCCCAAAAACUUAAGUUGCAUUGUGCAUCAGAGGUCAAGAUUCACAUAUGUCAUGACUUGUACCUGGAACCCUGGAAGGCACACAUUCCUGGAUACUCAGUUCAGAUUGAGAUACAGCUGGCCGGAAGAGAUCUUUCCUGACUGUGUACCAAAAGAUGUAAACAAUUCUUGCACCAUUACUGAUAUUCAGUUCUUUGUUAACACGGAGAUCUGGGUAGAAGCAUCAAAUGCACUUGGGAAGGCUGAAUCUGAUCAUCUUGUUGUUGAUCCCAUAGACAUUGUUAAGCCACUGUCUCCACAGAAUGUGUCAGUCAGCUCAGAAGUAGUGCCUACUGUUCUGAAGCUUUUCUGGGAGAAUUGGAUUUCAGAUGCUGUGAUGACACUGAAAUUCAAUAUUCGCUACAGGAUUGUUGGUGACACAAACUGGAUGGAGGUUCCUUCUGAAGAUACAGCUUCCCCAAGAACUUCAUUCAUAGUUCAAGGUCUCAGACCCUACACAGAGUAUGUCUUUUCCAUUCGUUGCAUGAAGGAAGAUGGAGAGGGCUACUGGAGUGACUGGAGUGAAGAAAAGACCGGGAUUACCCCUGAAGAUCAACCAUCUAAAGGACCACCCAUAUGGAGGAUCAUUGAUACAUCUCACUCACCAGCUUCCUGGACUGUGCAUCUAAUAUGGAAGGCACUGAAGCCAUUUGAAGCCAAUGGAGUAAUCUUGCAAUAUGAAGUGACUGUCAGAGAUAAAUCAUCUCUUUCCAGUCCGGUGAAGAAAUACAAUGUUACCAGCACCAACUAUACCUUACAGCUGCAGGAAGGAACUUAUGAAGUGACUCUGAUUGCCCGUAACAGUGUUGGGGCAUCUCCUCCAUCAGUUUUACUUAUCCCAGCAAGUAAUUCAAAAGCUCCUGUGAAGAAUCUUAGAACAUUACCUAAACAUGACAAGUUGUGGGUAGGGUGGACUGCUCCCAACAGUUACGUUCUUAAAUAUGUGGUCGAAUGGUGUCUGGUGUCCAGCAGCUCAGACUGCGUCAUAGAAUGGCAGAUUGCACCAGGAGAUGUUCAAGGAAUUGACUUAGAAGGUAUAAAGCCUUUCAAGUGUUACUUGAUAACUGUGUACCCUCUGUAUGCUGAUGGUCAGGGAAGUGGACAGUCUGUGAAGGCUUAUCUUAAGCAAGAUCGUCCUUCAAAAGGACCUACUGUUCAGACAAAAAAAGUAGGAAAAGCUGAAGCUGUUUUGACAUGGAACCAUCUCACAGUUGAGGAACAAAAUGGAUUUAUCCGAAAUUACACCAUACUUUAUAAAACUAUUGAUGGAAAUGAAACAGUUGUGACUGUGGAUCCCUCCAAGACAGAGUAUACCCUUUCCUCUCUAACCAGUGACACACUCUAUACUGUGCGGAUGAUGGCAUCCACAGACAACGGAAGCAGGACUGGUCCUGAUUUCACAUUUACUACUCAAAAAUUUGGAAAAGGAGAAAUUGAAGCCAUAGUUGUACCUGUGUGUCUAGCAUUCCUGUUGAUGGUGCUCCUUGGAGUUCUAUUUUGCUUCAACAAACGUGACCUAAUUAAAAAACAUAUCUGGCCUAUCGUACCUGAUCCAUCCAAGAGUAACAUUGCUCAGUGGUCUCCUCAAGUUCCAGCUAAGCAUAACUUUAAUUCCAAAGAUCAGAUGUACCCAGAAGGCAGCUUCACAGAUGUAAGCGUUGUAGAAAUAGAAGCUGACGACAAGAAGUCUUUUUCAGAACAAGAUCUAAAACCCUUUGACUUGCUUAAAAAAGAAAAAAGCACUUCAGAAGGGCACAGCAGUGGCAUUGGAGGAUCCUCAUGCAUGUCUUCUCCUAGGCAAAGCGUCUCUGACAGCGAUGAAGGUGAAACAACGCAGAACACCUCCAGCACUGUACAGUAUUCAACUGUGGUGCUUAAUGGCUACAGAGACCAGACACCUCUGCAUGUCUUUUCAAGGUCUGAGUCAACUCAGCCACUGCUAGAUUCAGAAGAGAGAUCAGAGGAUCAUUCUGGAGGAGCUGACAGUACGCCACAGAGGCAGCAGUAUUUCAGACAAAAUGGUGGUCAGGAUGAAACCAGCACAGACAGGCCAUGCUUUGAAAGAACAAAGCAGAUUACUCAUGCUAAUGAGGGAGAUCUUGUUGGAUUUGUUCAGCUGCAGAUCUCAGGUCAGAGUUCACAGCCAUUGGGCCUUGGGAUGGAAAAAAAUACCCAGGAACCUGCUCUAUCGAGUGUUUUACAGACAUGUACUGAAGGACAAACUGUGAGACCUGAAACAGUGGAAGAAAAUCCACUGUCAGUUGAUGAAAUGCCAAAAAGUUACCUCCCACAGACUGUGAGACAAGGGGGCUAUAUGCCUCAGUGAGAGAAAAGACUGGCUCUCUUUAGGCCUUCAUUAGUGCCUGUUCACAUAUUCCCCUGUGUUUCUGAUAAAGUAAGCUAGGUAUUUUUAUCUUAUUGCAGAUAGAAAAACUGAAAUUAAGCGAAGAGUAAUUUGACAAAAUACAAUAAGGACUGUUUUUGUGAAAAAUUUCCAGUCCAGACCUACUGGAGAUUUACUUUUAUGCACUACAUAAAAUCUUACAUCUGGAUAGCUGAAUGAGCCUUUUUGCUACAUCGAGAAUUGUCUCUCUUCAUAACAGAAUUUCACAUGAUUGAAAAGGUCAAGGUUUAAAUAGCCACAUCAGCCAAUAGAUCUCCCAGAAGAAACACUCUGAUGCGUGGCAGUGUACAAGCCUAAAAAUCCAGCUCUAGUUGCACAGUGCAGCUUUGUGCAAAAGUAACACUGAAGCUCAGUAUUCUGACAUGGAAGAAUACUUUUGUGAUAUGCUUUUCAAUAAUAUAAUUGACUUAUAGAAUUUUGAUUUGGCCCAGUGCCUCAAUUUUCAGCUUACCAGGCCUGCAAAUCAUGUUCAUUCCCUGUUCAAAAACAGUAGAAAUUAAAUAGAACUUGCUAUGGUGUUCAGGUAGGAAACACCAAGAUGGCUUGAAUCUGAAUGCUACUGUAGCAAUUGAUACUUUACCUAUAUUUAGAUACAUGUACACAUGAACUGUAGAGUAAUUUGGCCUAAAAAAUGUGCCUUGCAACACGCACAACAAUUCACUCUCAUAUUCAAAAGUUUGGAAAUUGGAUGGCAACGUAGAUCAGGAAUUAUUUAAAGGCUUUGUACCCCCAUCACUGUUUGAUUAUAUAAAACUUCUGUGGUCAUAUAUGCCUUUGUUUAAUAAGUGCACCUUUGCUGUGUACAACUCAAGUAACAAGCUGUAAGCUUUUACCAUUUUUCUGAGUGCUCAGGAGAAAAGAAAUAUGACCUUCCUCCUGACUAACUGCAGCUAUUAGUGUGCUGUAACCUCACUGCUAAUACUGCAGGACAUCCUUGAAACUGAAAGCAGCCAAAACAUUGAAGUCAUUGAUGCUCUGGGAACCAAAACCUGUACGCUGAAUUUGAACUUUGCUGGUAGCACAUUUAAGUUGUUAAAAAUUGUUAAUUUUUUCUUAAUGUCUCACUUCUUCCCUGCUCAUACAGUUUAUUGGUUUUUUGAGGAAGCUACAUUCCUUGAAAAAUUCAUCUACCAGUAUUUAAACAAAAAUUAAAUUACAUGACAAUAAACCCCUUCUCCAGUGAUAACUAGAAAUUUUAUGACACUCCUAAAGAUUUUUUAAAAUUAAUUUUAAAUCUAAUAUAGGCUAGUCAGCUUUCUAAUCUGACACUAAUAAAACUGCAUUUCAAAACACUAAUUGCUGUUUUGUGAGACUAAAACAAGAGUUUUAUUUCUCCUUCAGCAAAAUAACUAUGUAUUUAAGACCACCUGAAACCUUUUGUGCUGUGACCUCUGGUACUGCUGUUCUGCAGAGCACUUGCUAAAAGCCCUUGAAAGGCCUGUGUCAAUAUCAUUUCAUCUUCCCUUUUCUGCCAGCUUGCAUGGAAGGAUGGGUAAUACAUGUAAAUGUCCACGUGUCUUUUGCUUUUGUUAUGAAGAAAUUAAGUGCAAGAGUAAAUUUGUAAGAUGACCUCUUGAAGUUUGGAAUAUUUGAAACAGUUAAAGAAUGCAGAAUCUUUAAUAACAUUUCAAUAAUCCACAGUUCCUUUCUCCUGGCAGUAUUUUUCUGUAUCUAGGCUCUUUUUUUUUAAUUAAAAGGACAUGUUGCAGCUUACUAUAACUACACCUUUCUUCAGACCAUUCCUCUUCCUUUUUGCCCCGCUGCACACUCAGCACCUUCAAACUCCUUCCCAGAGGGGAAGGGCAUAAUGAAAACUGCUAUCAUGAGACAAGAGAGACCAGCUUUCAUUUUUCGGAGGUUGAAGGAACAUUCCUUUUUUGGAACAAGUUCCUUUUGGAAAAAAUAGGAGUUACUUCAGUGGGGGGUGAGUUAUCUUCUCUAUGCAAACUUUACAGUGACUGUAGAAACCACAGGUAAAAGGGAAAGUCUCCGCUGAGCAGUGUGCUUGCUUAGCAGAACUGUCCAGCAACCACACGCAUUAAACCCAUCUUCUCAUCUCUGUAAUAUUGUAGGCCACAACCUGGCUACGUAGGCUAAACAGUGCUGCAAAAGUCUGGAAGUUUUCAAAAACAUGUUAGUUUUUUUUUAAUUAUGGUUUUGCGAUUCAGCAAUACUAAUUUUUGAUAGCAUAUGUUAUUUGAGGGAGAAUGUCAGGUAUUUCUUGAUUUGCUACUUGCCUUUCUGUAAAGGGAAGACUUUUCUUCUCAGUUGCUGUUAAUCGUGGACCGUGCAAGAUUUCCCUGGUGUUAAACAGCAGCAAGAGAUUCUGAUUUUUAACGUCUGUACUAACAGGAGUUCUGGCCUGUCAUUUCUGGCAUCUUUCAUUGUUGUUUAUGGGCCAAUGGUAAUAAACUCAAAGAACUGAGUGGGUCCUAGAGAAGGUUCUGGCUGGCUGGCAGUGAUGUGCUCUCUUUUGGGAUAGUGCGUUUAUCUAGGGCUAAAGUACUAAAAACUAAGCAGGAGCUCCUGGUGGAUGAACAGCUUGUAGAAGCCACAAUACAUAUAAAUAACAGGUUUACAGCUAGUUCAUAAACCUAUGUGCCAAAUAUAUCGUGCAGUGUUCAGGGUUUAACAAGAUUUUUUACUUUGGACUGUAAAAAUCUAAUUGUAUCAAACAGUUGCAUACAGAUUUUUAAGAGUACCUGCAGUGUAAUUAUAGCAAUCCACUGAAAUUUUCUGAGCUUGGCCCUAACACAGUAAUUAAAGUAAAAGUUUUCUCCCUCCUCCACCUCUUCUUCACCAGUGUCUAUUGGUGCAGGUAACAAAAUAAAGGCAUUAUUAGAGUCACAUACUAGUAUAGACACUUUCAUGUCCAUCUUGAUUUCUUGGACUGGCAUUUUUCAGGUACAGGUGGGAGAAUAGUUGUAAGGGCUGUUAAUUUGGGAGUGGUGAAGGGAGGCUAGUAGAAAUAUAUUAGCCAAUUUGGAAAAACCUCUUAAAUGCAGGCUGGCUAAUGCUCCUCUGUUUACAAGAGAAGUGAAUAUAUGACCUUUGUAGUUCUAUUGUGGUGGUUCUGUUAGACCAGGAGAUGAUUUGUGUUGUUUUCUGGAGUAUGUUGGCUCACUUUAAGGGCAAAUAGUCUAGGAAUAUCCUCUCCUGCUGUAGUGAAAGUCUUGGGAUUUUUCAUACUGUAGAAAAAGUAAGCUGCCUGUUAUGGCUUAAUGUGGCAGUACAAGCACAGCAGAGGAAAAAUUUUUUUAGACUUUGUUCUGAAGAGUUUAUGACAAGUAUGUUCUUGUCUGGUACAGAAGCCUAGCAAAAACUGGAAAAAACCUUGGUCCUGGGAGGAUGAGGGAGUUUGCAUGCUAGGGCUGAGUCCCAUUCUUGGGCUCCAGAGAAGCCCUGUCACCUGGAUGGAGCUCCAGCUUUGUAAAUCAUGAGCUUUGUCAGGUGGUUAAAACAUAUAUCAGUAUGCCCAGUAUGUGGGGGUCACUGUGCUGAUUUAAAUUAAGUAAUUGUUUAAUUAGAUACAGGUCUCAGCCAAGAUCCAUAUCAGUGUAUGCUGCUAUGGAAUUGACUUCUCAGUGGGAUCUGAAAUUCCAAAGACUGUUAGACUGUUAAUAGUCUGCCCCACUGCGGGAUAUACACAUUUUACAUUGUCAUUUAUGUGUGUUAAAUGGGACUAAAUAUACUAGUUUAUUUUCCCCAUUAGACAGUGGUUGUAGUUGAGAUUAACUGUUAUUUGAAUGUAUUCCUUUAACUGUGUUAAAAAGUUCUCUUGACUAAUCGACAGUAAGAGUUCAUUAAUCCCCAUAAUCUCUUGUCUGUCUGCAAGGAUGGAUACAUACAACCUUUUUAAAUUUCAGGAGUCACUUGUAAUGUUAUACAGGAGAAGUUUAUAUAAAAAUGUUGAGUCUUCUGUCAUGAAACAGCUGUUAAAGAAUUGCAGCCAAUCUGAGUCUUAAGCUUUGCUUGUGAUCCAGAGAACUGCAGUAAAGUGGAGGUAUAAGUGGAAAAGUCUGGAGGAGGUUGAAAUUAAGAAUCUUGCAUUGGACUAAUGAAUUUCCGUUUCUCUUCCUUUAAAGUGAAAGCAUUAGUAAAACAAACAAAAAAAGCUAAAAUUGUGUAUUUGCUUUCACUAUUUCUUUCGUAGGACUUGUGCAAUCUGAGCCAUUCUUUAAAAUAAAAGCAGUGCUGACUUAAUGCACAAGGAUGCAUUUUUAAGGCCACAAGAUUUGAUAAACCUAAAAAUAAUAACGAAGGGCCAGAUUUUAACAACUGUCUGCUUCCCUGCCUCUUAAUUGUAGUGCAGAGAGAGGGUGGGCAGCAAGUACCUCCCAGAAUGCAGCCUUAGCCAGUACUUGUAUUUAUUUGCAAAGACAACCUGAAGGGGAUAUAUGCAAUAAUGUCAUUGCUACUCUGCAGAAGCACACUUCUGUAACAAUAGAUGAAAAACACUUAUGGCACAACUGUUGACUGAUGGCUGGAAAGCUCCACAUCCACAUCCUCCUGCUCAGACUAAAGUGUCAGCUGUUCUUCUCUGGGGAUCAUGGGCGUGGCAGAUGGCCAUUCUCUGCAGUGUGAAAUUGAUAACACCUAUCACUUUUCAUCAUCAAAGCACAUUUGUUAAUGGAUCCAGUCAACUUGCCGUGUUUUUUUUAACACACCAGUUUUGUUUACAGUGUCACAUAUAGCCUGACACUUUGAUACAGCCAGGGAUUGUCUAGUAACCAAUUGCUUUUAUUUGGGGAUAAGAAGUUACUGGUCACCCAGUUUGCUGUACCAAUAUAUGCAUCUAGGUGAGCGGAGGUGUGCGACACAGGAACAGAUGUACCAACAAGGAAAGUGCCUUGAUGCUGGAUUGGAUGGCUAGUGAAUGUAAACUUUAAGUUAAAUUUUGCUAUGUACUUAAACUAAAUAUGGCUGAUUAAACUAGUGGUAAUUUGAAUGCCAGCUUUAAAGGGCUUGCGUACUCUGGCCAGAGGUUAAACUUGUAAAUUGCUGCAUAAGCUGUCUCUGUAUGGAAUGUGUUUUAAUACCUGUUCACUUUCUUUAUUCUUUUGCAAGCUGCAUGUGUAUUGUCAUAUAAAAUCUGCUUUCUACAAUUUA